AGUUGUCUAUACUUUUCAACUGCAAAUAAAAUAGUUCGUUUCGUAAACGAAGUGUUUUGGGGAAAUCAGAUCCAUAGAAAUUUUCCAAGUUUUCAAGUGCCCUGGAAGGAAAUCAUGUAUAGAAUUCUUCAAAUUUUGUGCUGUCGGCAAGGCAAACAAACUGAAUUUUUUUCACAAUUGCGAAAUCUCUCAUCGAUCUUUUUUUAGUGGUAAAAAUGUAUCGUGUUGAUUCAUGCCAGGCGUCAGAGAGUGAAACUAUCAUUCUCAACUUCGUGCCUCUGUUCUGGCGAACCUCCAUAUGGCUCCAUAUGUCUUCCGUUCUCAGCGCUGUUUCAACGGCAAUCUACAGGCGUUCAGGAAUGGAAGAACCAGAGAGCGUGUUAGAGAACUUCAAUUUCACUUCAUUCCAAAGACUUCAAUUUUAUUUCAUAAUAAAACAGCAUAAUUUUUCUGAUUUUGCAUUAUCUUGUACAAAUGUUACAUUCAAGAAAUAUUUAGAGUUUAGUGGCUGUAAUCAUAAAUGCAGCCUUAUUGUGACUCUUUUAACAUUUUUUGUAAUGCCUUCUUCCAAAAAAUAUUAUAUAAAUACGUACUUUGUAUGAUUUGAAUAUCAUUCUGUUACCCUUAAUGUU